AAGGCGCGAUUUCUUCUCGUCUCUACACAGUAGCGCUCGGGGCGCCUUUCUCUUCGUCUGUUUAGUUUAAUCAGAACAAUAUGCUCCCGUCGCUGGCCACAAUAGUCCUGCUUGUUUUCUGCGGCGGAGCAGUCGCAGCUCCACGGCCCGCAGAACUCGAGAUUCGACAGGCACUACCGAACCAAUAUGCGCCGACCCAGACAACCUGCCCAAGCAGCUCGCUCGUCCGUCCAGCUACCGGUCUGAACCCUAGCGAGUCCAGCUAUGUGGCUGCGCGGAAGACCAGCGCCAACGCGGGACUCAACGCGUGGUUGAAGAAGCAGGGCAAUUUCAGCUCGUCUCCCCUGCCUACCGUCGGCUUCACCUCUAGCGGUGGAGGUCUUCGGGCGCUCUUAGAAACGGCCGGCGUUGUACAAGCCUUCGACAGCCGCGACUCCCAAUUCAACACGAGCGGUGUGUACCAGGGCUUGACGUACGAAUCCGGUCUAUCUGGCGGAGCAUGGUUCCUUUCAUCUCUCGCCGGGAACAAUUGGCCAACCGUUACGUAUCUGCGCAACAAUCUCUGGCGUCAGGCCUUCCAGAACAGUGCAUUGCUGCCGGCAAACCUCCUGUCGGUCUCCGGUCUGACCGAGUACGCUGCCGUAACGGCUGACAUCGCCGCCAAACAAGCGGCGGGCUACCAAGUAACCAUUGUGGACCCGUACGGCCGACUGCUAUCGUACCAGCUGCUCCAAGGACCAGACGGAGGCGUUGCCACACGUCUUUCUAGUCUACCAACGCUCAGCAACUUCACCUCCCACAAUGUACCCUACCCCAUCAUAACCACCACGGGAGUCAACGCUACUGCUGGCCAGUGUGUCGCCCCGCUCAACGCAACAAUGUACGAGUUCCACCCUUACGAGUACGGUUCGUGGGACAGUGGUGUUUCUGCUUUCGCUGUGAGCACUUACAUGGGCUCCAAUUUAACCAACGGGCUACCGACAAAACCAAACAGCUGCACCAUCCAUUACGACAACCUCGGUUACGUCUUCGGAACCAGCAGUGAUGUGUUCUAUGCGGCUUGCGCGGUCAUUCCGCCCGCCCUCAGCACGGAUGCCAAUGAUCUCGACAACGUCCUCGAAGCUCUUGUCAGCACGACGCACACGCCGCUGUACUCGGAUCUGUUCGGUAUCUUCCCAAAUCCGUUCUACAAGUACUCGCGCUCUUCCAAGGUCCAGUACGAUGCCAACCUCUACAUGGAGGACGGGGGCGCUAGCAACCAGAACAAUCCGAUCUGGCCCUUCAUCCAACCGGCCCGCACAGUCGACGUCCUCAUCGUAAACGACAACAGCGCCGACACCACCAACAACUACCCCAACGGCACGGAAAUCCGACAGACAUACCUCAACGCGCAAGCCGCGGGUCUGACGAAGAUGCCAUUCAUUCCCACCGUGGAUGUCUUCAUCUCCCAGGGUCUGAAUACGCGAGCCACCUUCUUCGGCUGCAACGAGACCGGGACGACGUUUAUUGUGUUCCUGCCCAAUGUAGGGUAUACUUACAAUUCUGGGCAAUCGACUUUCAAGAUCGAGUAUACGAUUCCGGAAACCGAUGCGAUGAUUGCGAACGGGAAUGCGAUUGCGACGCAGAACGGGACCGCUGGCUGGCCCUUUUGCCUGGCCUGCGCGGUUAAGAAUAAGGAUGGCGCGAGUCUGCCUGCUGGGUGCAAUGCUUGCUUUAAGAAGUAUUGCUAUUAUCGGUCGGGUACGAGCGGUUAGAAAGCACGUUUGUAGAUGACCUGUAACGGCCGAUCGCCUAGAGCUGGAAUCUUGAUGGCAUUACUGUGCACAUAUCAAUGAAGAAUGCAACGGGAGCUGAGUUCUCUUCAUACUCGCUCUAAAUUGAGUGCAACAAACCACCGUGACUACACGCCAGCCAACGGUCCUCGUCCUCGUCCCGUCGUGAUCAUGACCUUCGUCGCCGCCCUUCACGCACCAUCCCCCCAAAUUCCCACAACACCCAUCACAAAUCCAACACCGCUAACUCCCGCCCGAACGAACUCCAGCCACUGCUGAUCCCGCGCCUUCUUCUCCACUUGCUCUCCAUUCACCUCGCCAACCUCAUGCUUAACAACUCUCUGCCGCAUACUCUUGUCCAUGGCGAAAUUCAGAGCUCCACCCGACGCCGCGGCAAGCGAAGUCCAUAG